AUGGAGGACGCCUUUGCGAAACCCGUCGAUGAGGUCCUGGCUCACUUUGAUGUCGACGUCAAGACCGGCCUCAAAGACGACCAGGUCGUUUCGCUGCGGUCUCAGCACGGCAGAAAUGUGAUCCCCGAGGAACCCCCCACACCCAUUUGGGAGCUCAUUCUGGAGCAAUUCAAGGACCAGCUCGUCAUUAUCCUCCUGGGCUCGGCUGCUGUUUCUUUCGUUCUUGCCCUUUUCGACGACGAGGAAGGCUGGAGCGCAUUCGUCGACCCAGCAGUGAUCCUCACCAUCCUGAUCCUCAACGCCGUCGUUGGCGUUUCGCAGGAGAGCAGUGCCGAGAAGGCCAUUGCCGCUCUUCAGGAAUACUCGGCCAACGAGGCCAACGUUCUCCGCAAUGGCCACGUCUCUCGUGUCAGGGCCGAGGAGCUCGUGCCCGGCGAUAUCAUCACCGUCAACGUUGGCGAUCGUGUCCCCGCUGAUUGCAGGGUUGUCGCCAUUGAGAGCAAUGCUUUCGCCAUGGACCAGGCCAUCUUGACUGGCGAGAGCGAGAGCGUCGGCAAGGAUCACACCGCCGUCGUCAAUGAUGAGAAGGCAGUGUUGCAGGACCAGGUCAACAUACUCUUUUCUGGCACCACCGUCGUUGUGGGACGCGCCAAGGCCGUCGUCGUCUUGACCGGUACCGGCACCGCCAUCGGUGAUAUCCAUGAGAGUAUCACUGCCCAAAUCUCUGAACCUACCCCUCUGAAGCAGAAGCUCAACGAUUUUGGCGACAGUCUGGCCAAGGUCAUUACCGUCAUCUGCAUCCUCGUCUGGCUCAUCAACAUCCCUCACUUCAACGAUCCCAGCCAUGGAACCUGGACCAAGGGUGCUAUCUACUACCUCAAGAUUGCCGUGUCUCUCGGUGUCGCCGCCAUCCCUGAGGGCCUGGCUGUCGUCAUUACGACUUGUCUGGCUCUGGGCACUCGCAAGAUGGCCGCCAAGAAUGCCGUUGUCCGCAGCCUGCCUUCAGUCGAGACUCUCGGCAGCUGCAGCGUCAUCUGCUCUGACAAGACCGGUACCCUGACAACGAACCAGAUGAGCGUCAACAAGGUCGUCUACCUGAAUGAGUCCGGAACAGACCUCAUCGAGCUCGAUGUCGAGGGUUCUACCUUUAGCCCCAAGGGUGCCAUCACUUCCAACGGCCAGCUUGUCAAGGACCUUCCCCGCUCAUCCCAUACUGUCCGCCAGAUCACUGAGGUGGCUGCUCUCUGCAACGAUUCCAAGCUGGCUUACGACCCCAAGACUGACUCCUAUUCCAACGUUGGUGAACCUACCGAAGGUGCUCUCCGCGUGCUUGUCGAGAAGCUUGGUCCCAGCGCCCCCGCUAGCUCAGCCCCUGAUGCUUUCCUCCACCACGCCAGCGCCCACUACGAGAACCAGUACCGCCGCCUCGCCACGUAUGAGUUCUCUCGUGACCGCAAGUCCAUGUCAGUUGUUGUCCAGAACGGCAAGGAGCAGAAGCUUCUUGUUAAGGGCGCGCCCGAGUCUAUCCUUGAACGUUGCUCCCACACGCUCCUCGGCGCCGAUGGCAAGCGCCAGGCUCUAGACCGCAAGACGCAAGACCUCAUCACCAAGGAAAUCGUCGAGUAUGGCAACCGGGGCAUGCGUGUCAUUGCUCUCGCCAGCAUUGAGAACGUUGGCAACAACGCACUUCUGAAGAAAGCAAAGUCGACCGCCCAGUAUGCUGAACUUGAGCAGAACAUGACUUUUGUUGGUCUCGUCGGCAUGCUGGACCCUCCUCGUGAGGAGGUGGCCACUUCGAUCCGCAAGUGCAAGGAGGCUGGCAUCCGCGUCAUCGUUAUCACUGGAGACAACCGCAACACCGCUGAGAGCAUCUGCCGUCAAAUCGGCGUCUUUGGCGAGAACGAAGACCUUACCGGCAAGUCUUUCACUGGCCGCGAGUUUGAUAAUCUGACCGCUCGCGAGGCCAUUGAGGCUGCCCGCACCGCUUCUCUGUUCUCUCGCGUCGAGCCUAGCCACAAGUCCAAGCUCGUUGAUCUUCUUCAGCAAGCCGGCGAAGUUGUUGCCAUGACUGGUGACGGCGUCAACGAUGCCCCUGCUCUGAAGAAGGCUGAUAUCGGUGUUGCCAUGGGAUCCGGCACUGAUGUCGCCAAGCUCGCCGCUGACAUGGUUCUCGCUGAUGACAACUUUGCCACCAUCGAGGUCGCCAUUGAGGAGGGCCGUUCCAUCUACAAUAACACCCAGCAAUUCAUUCGGUACCUUAUCUCAUCCAACAUUGGCGAGGUUGUCUCCAUCUUCCUCACCGCUGCUCUCGGCAUGCCCGAGGCUCUGAUCCCCGUCCAGCUUCUCUGGGUCAACCUCGUCACUGAUGGUCUCCCUGCCACCGCCCUUUCGUUCAACCCCCCCGAUCACGACAUCAUGAAGCGCCAGCCUCGCAAGCGUGACGAACGCCUUAUCGGCGGAUGGCUGUUCUUCCGCUACAUGGUAAUCGGCACUUACGUUGGCCUGGCCACUGUUGCCGGCUACGCUUGGUGGUUCAUGUACAACCCAGAGGGCCCGCAGAUUACCUUUAACCAGCUCUCCAGCUUCCACCGCUGCUCGACGCAGUUCCCUGAGAUUGGCUGCCAAAUGUUCUCUAACGACAUGGCCAAGUCAGCCUCUACCGUCUCCCUUUCCAUCCUCGUCGUCAUCGAAAUGUUCAACGCCGUCAAUGCGCUGUCCUCCAGCGAGUCCCUCCUCACCCUUCCUCUCUGGGAGAACAUGAUGCUCGUCUACGCCAUUGCUUUGUCCAUGGCUCUUCAUUUCGCCCUGCUCUACACACCGGUUCUGCAGAGCCUAUUCUCGAUCUUGCCGUUGAACUGGAUCGAGUGGAAGGCUGUCCUCUGGAUCAGCGCUCCCGUCAUUCUUAUCGACGAGGGUCUCAAAUUGAUUGAGAGGUCGUUCUUCAUGCAGACCAAGACGGUCGAGGCUAUCAAGGCAAAGAAGGCCCAAUAA